CGGAAAGAGUUCAGUUAUAAUCGCCCACAAUGAGGUUGAUAGUGUGUGCUUUACUUAUCGCAGUUGCUGGAGCCAAUCCGUUCAACAGAACAAACAAUGUAAUCGAGCCUAUCGUAAAGGCAGAAGAUUGGAGAUUGGUUCCUGACACUGAUUACAAGUUACACUUGAUAAAUGUAAACGAUGUACCUUCGGAAAUCGAACCAACAUUCGUUGGAGAGAGGGACAUGAUCUUCCGUUUGUUCACUAGUAGCAAUCCCAUUACUCCACAAACAAUUCAAAUUCGUAACGAUGCCCAACUACAGAACAGUAAUUUCAAUCCCACACAUCGUACAAGAUUCUUUAUCCACGGAUGGACUCAAGGUGGUCCCGAUACCGCAAACAUUUAUCGAGACGCCUACCUAGCAUUAGGUAAUUUCAAUAUUUUCGCUGUUGAUUGGGGAGUUGGAGCACAAGAUCCGAAUUAUAUUGCUAGUCGCAAUCGUGUUGGGGAUGUUGGUCGAACAACGGCUGCAUACAUUGACUGGUUGAAUACACGCGGACUUGCUUUCUCCAAUAUUGUUGUUUUAGGCCACUCGCUCGGAGCCCAUGCAGCAGGACAUACCGGAAAGGCUGUAAGGAAUGGCAGACUUCCAGUGAUUGUUGCGAUCGAUCCAGCAGGACCUCUAUUCUCUUUGGCAAAUCCUGGCGACCGUGUCGACUUUUCCGAUGCCGAUCACGUUGAAGUUCUUGCCACAGACACGUUGUUCUUAGGUUUCGAACAGCCCAUUGGACACGCCACGUUCUAUCCAAACGGAGGUAACAGACAACCUGGUUGCGAAGGAGAAGUUGCUGGGGCAUGUAGUCAUGUAAUAGCCGCUGCAUUUAUGGUUGAAUCAAUAAAUCCUUUGCGGACAUUUGGGGCAAUUCGCUGUCAAAAUUUCGAUGCGAUCAGAAAUAAUAAUUGCGUUUCGAGUGGACCCAGUCGGAAUAUGGGUGGUGAGCCAGUCGUUGAUGAUAAUACUAGGAGUCCACCCGGGUCGGUGUAUUUCUUGAGAACGAAUCCUACCAGUCCUUUCUCUCAAGGCCCUGUUUAAUUUCAUUUAUUUUGAAAUACAAAAAAAAAACAGUUUU